AUGGCCAGAGACUACCGAGCCACGCCAGUCAUUACCAGACCGAGCCGCAGUCAUUACCAGACCGAGCCACGCCAGUCAUUACCGGAACCGAGCCGCCAGUCAUUGAACCGAGCCACGCCAGUCAUUUACCAGACCGAGCCGCCAGUCGUGCAGACCGAGCCACGCCAGUCAUUGCAGACCGAGCCACGCCGGUCAUUUACCAGACCGAGCCCGCCGGUCAUUACUAGACCGAGCCGCCAGUCAUUACUAGACCGAGCCACGCCAGUCAUUACUAGACCGAGCCACGCCAGUCAUUUUAGACCGAGCCACGCCAGUCAUUACCAGACCGAGCCACGCCAGUCGUUACCAGACGAGCCACGCCGGUCAUUGCCAGACCGAGCCCGCCGGUCAUUACUAGACCGAGCCACGCCGGUCAUUGCAGACCGAGCCACGCCAGUCAUUACCAGACCGAGCCCACGCCAGUCAUUACCAGACCGAGCCACGCCAGUCAUUACCAGACCGAGCCGCCAGUCAUUACCAGACCGAGCCGCCGGUCAUUACCAGACCGAGCCACGCCAGUCAUUACCAGACCGAAGCCACGCCAGUCGUACCAGACGAGCCACGCCGGUGCAUUUACCAGACCGAGCCACGCCAGUCAUUUACCGAACCGAGCCACGCCAGUCAUUACCAGACCGAGCCACGCCGGUCAUUACCAGACCGAGCACGCCAGUCAUUACCAGACCGAGCCGCCAGUCAUUACCAGACCGAGCCACGCCGGUCAUUACCAGACCGAGCCGCCGGUCAUUACCAGACCGAGCCACGCCAGUCAUUACCAGACCGAGCCGCCAGUCAUUACCAGACCAGGCCACGCCGGUCAUUACCAGACCGAGCCACGCCAGUCCAUUACUGAACCGAGCCACGCCAGUCAUUACCAGACCGAGCCACGCCAGUCAUUACCAGACCGAGCCGCCAGUCAUUACCGAACCGAGCCACGCCGGUCAUUACCAGACCGAGCCGCCAGUCAUUACCAGACCGAGCCGCCAGUCAUUACCAGACCGAGCCACGCCAGUCAUUACCAGACCGAGCCACGCCAGUCAUUACCAGACCGAGCCGCCAGUCAUUACCAGAUAA